GAAGCGCAUCGCGGGAAGGAGGCAGAGAGCGAGCGAGCGAGCGAGCGGGACGCGCGCGAGAGCGACGGGAAGGGAGACGGCGACGGGACGAAACGGAGCGGAGCGGAGUUGGAGCCGCCGCGCGACACGCAGAAGGACAAAGGCACCGCGGCGUUGGCAUAACCUCCAAGUCGCUCGCGCCGCGCGUUUCUGCGCGAGGCAACGGUGCGUCAAGAGUCACGAGGUGUUUGUGACGACGGAGAUAAAGUGAGAGAGAAUAUAUUUUUGCAAGUGUGCAACGCGCGCCUUCCACGAGAUCGAAGGAUCCGGAAGAAGGCGAAGAGAGAAAGAGAGGGGGAGAGGAGAGAGGAAGCACGUGUAUCAUUACUUCCGGCCAGCGGCAUCGUCCGACGAGAGGCAGAAGGUGGCCGGAUCCGUUCAAAGUUUGUCGCGCGUUCUUCCGCGACACCUGGUAUACGAGUUAAACGCGUAACGCGCGCGUGCCGCCGGUGCGUGUACACGCACCGGAGUUAGCGUUCCGUCGAUCGUUCCGUUUUGCGUAGAAACGCGCCGCCACGCGUAACGUCGUCCGUGCGCGAGCACGGUGGGCCGCGACUAGACUCGCGCCAGCGCCGGGACUGGAGCUAAGCCGAGCAUCCGGUUGAUGGAUGAGACUGGCAGGAUGCUGCAACACGGUGGAUCAGGUGUGGGUCUGAUGGGUGGCAACCAGGGCCAGGCGGCCCAGAACACCGCCGGCUACGGCAGCAUGGGCCCGGUCGACGGCACCGCGGCCCAGGGCCCCGACCAGGCGGUCGAGGCGCGGAAGCAGGACAUCGGCGACAUCCUGCAGCAGAUCAUGAACAUCACGGACCAGAGCCUGGACGAGGCGCAAGCGAGGAAACACACCCUCAACUGCCACAGGAUGAAGCCCGCCCUGUUUUCGGUGCUUUGCGAGAUCAAGGAGAAGACAGUGCUGUCACUGAGAAACACGCAAGAAGAAGAGCCGCCGGACCCGCAACUAAUGAGGCUGGAUAAUAUGCUGAUCGCCGAGGGGGUUGCUGGACCAGAGAAGGGCGGUGGUGCGGGAGCCGCCGCAUCGGCAUCCGCGGCAGCUGCGGCCGGUCCACCUGGGCAGCCGGACAACGCGAUCGAGCAUUCGGACUACAGGGCCAAGCUCGCCCAGAUUAGGCAAAUUUAUCAUCAGGAACUAGAGAAAUACGAGCAGGCCUGCAAUGAAUUCACCACUCACGUGAUGAACCUGUUGAGGGAACAGAGCCGCACCAGGCCGAUCACGCCGAAGGAAAUCGAGAGGAUGGUCCAGAUUAUCCACAAGAAGUUCUCCAGCAUUCAGAUGCAACUGAAGCAGUCCACUUGCGAAGCCGUGAUGAUUCUGAGGAGUCGAUUCUUGGAUGCCAGACGUAAGAGAAGAAAUUUCAGCAAACAGGCGUCCGAAAUUCUCAACGAAUACUUCUAUUCCCACCUCAGUAAUCCCUACCCGAGCGAAGAGGCCAAGGAGGAGCUUGCGCGAAAAUGUGGAAUUACCGUGAGCCAGGUGUCCAAUUGGUUUGGAAACAAGAGGAUACGCUACAAGAAAAACAUCGGUAAGGCGCAGGAGGAGGCGAAUCUGUACGCCGCCAAAAAGGCAGCUGCAGCUUUUGCAGGAGCAUCGCCGUACAGCAUGGGCGGUGCCAGCCAGGGCACCCCGACGCCGAUGAUGUCGCCGGCGCCACCCGGAGGACCGCAGGACAUGGCCGGAUACAGCAUGGGAAUAAACGGCAGCGACUACGGCUCGCAGCCGUACAACGACGGCUCCAUGGGAUACGACCCCAUGCAUCAGGUUAACAAUAACGCUGUGGCUCGGAAACGCACCUGCGACGACGUAUUUGGAGACAGCGUUGAAAGUCUAUCUCCGGAGGCGAAGAAAAUAGAUGUUAACGUAUCCGAAUGCGACUAUUCAAACGUUCUCAUCGAUUUUUUCGGUUACGAGAUCUUUACUCGGCUGCCCCGGUGAAUUCGUACCGCUAAGAUAAGAAAUCCGUAACAAUUAUUAAAGAAUGACGAAUAAAUUGUUGCAUGCAAUUUGUAUUUUUCAUUUAUUUCGUUCUUUUUAUUUUUUUUAUUUUUUUCAGGAAUAUUGUCCCUUUUUCGUUUCGAAUGACGAUUAUUGUAAAUUUUGGACAUCUUUCAAAAUUCAAAUUUGAUAUCUGACUUACUAACUUAUAAGUAUGUAAUCUUUUUAGUUGCUUGAUACCAAUCUUCAUUAUUUUUUAUAAACUUUUAUUUGCUAUCAAGCUUUUAUUCAAAGUCGCUAAAUGAAUCGAAUAAAAUGUGUCGAGAAUAUACGUUCUUUUACUUCAUUUAACACUCCUUAAAUUUAUAGCCCGCCCAAUUAUUAAUUCGACCUCCUCAAUUACGCUGUCGAUAUCGCAGACCCCGUUACAUUCGUCUCUCCUCUUACGCGGAAAUCGCGCGGGCAUAUCAAGUUAUUACUGAUAUCUGCUACCUUCGUGCAAAUCGCUUCCAUGCAGUUCCAAGCCACGGCAUCGCAUACCGACGAAUGCAUGUGCAUCUCACCUUUCGCAUACUCACACUCACUACAAGAGAGAAAAAGGGAGAGAAUGAGGAGAGAGAGAGAGAGAGAGAGAGAGAGAGAGAGAGAGAGAGAGAGAGAGAGAGAACACGAGUGGUGAAGAGUCUGCUCGAGCUUCAGGAUGAUAUGAUAUGAUGCCAUAUACAGGGAACCGACCCUCGUGUAAAACAACCCGAAUGCGUAAAGAGAGCAUUACGGAUAAUGCCGUUUUGGUUUCAUAUUACGCGACUGCACCAAACUCGACCCUUUUGAUUCUGUUUUUAUCUAGAAUUCCGUGAUUCCGCGAACGAGAGGCGCGUACCGUUCCGCGUGUCCAUUUCUCCGGGUUCGACUAAUUUAGCAAAAUUUAGAAAAAUUACAAAAAGCAACUCGGGCUAAAACUAACGACAUACUUUCUUGUUGCUUUGACACGUGAAGAACUUGUAAAAAGAUUUGAGAAAAAUCGACGUCUGACGUUUCCGUGAGGUUUGCUCGUAAGUGAAAGUAGUCACGCGCCCGAAGAAGCUCUUAAUUGACCUCUAGGACUUGAAUUUACACGCGUUAUCACACCCCCCCCCCCCCUGUAUAUGGACGUGCGUGCAUGUGAGUGUGUGCGGUUAGACGUGUACGUGUCGCUGGAAUACAUGUACCGUAGGCCGGAUACGCGCUGUCUUGCUGGUCCUGCAAGGACGGGCUCGAGAGCGCCGACAGUCGCGAAGGGUGCAAAGGGUGUGCUGGAUCGGGUAGGGGUGCCAGGAUAGAACCCGCACAGAUAUAGACCUGCGUACGAACACACGCAAGCCCACAUACACACACGUACACACGCUAGCUAGCAGCCAAUAGCGCCAGAAGGUUUGCUUAGUAUGCAUUGGAGUUGCUAAGUCACUUUUUAGGCAGGGUUGCCUCUCUCACAUAUUAAUGGAGCUAGCGGGCGCCGCGCAGCAUCUCCUAACGGGUCCCCGCGAUGCAACGCGAUGAAGCGAAUUUGGAAAAUUUGCGGGAUUCUUUCCCUUCACGCUCUUCCGCCGUGGCGGGUUCCUCUUAUCAAUCUUCGAUAAAUACGCCUCGCGUUGCUGUUCUCCAUCCAACUGCGCAUAAAUCGCCAGUUAUCUUCCCGCGUUCACCUCUUUCUUCAUUAGACUCUGAAAUUCGCCGGGGACUAUUUACAGCUCGGAUUCGCUUCCGUAGUUUAUUGCACCGCCCUCUCAAUCGGGCCGUUCAAUUGGGCGUAGGGCGUUUAUAUUAUAAAGAAAGAGUUUUUCUCGAGAACCCUGCAGACGUUGAAAGAAUUUCAGGAUCCUCGUCUUGCGAGUCGCAAAUUGACACGCACACGCGCUAAUUUCCGCUUUGAUAUCCUCGCGGAUGCGUCUCGCGCGGCGUCUCCGCGUUCCUCCCGAACGUAGUAAAUCUCGCUGACGUACAAUUUCAACGAUGUCGCGUGACACGGAGUGACGUUAAAUUAAAUUUGCGGGUAAACACAGCGAGCGGGAGUAGGUAUUCGGCGUGCCUGGCAGGGGAUUCCUGUAGGAAUUUCCAGCCGAUGGAUCCAAUAUCUGACAUGUCAAUACGCUGAUCACUUGUCGAUGUUUCGCUCCGGCUACAAUUCUAUCGCGGGAUGAGAAAAAAAAUUGUUACGUUCGAUUCCGUCGAAUUAUUUGUCGGCGAACCCGUUCCAUUCGCGUGCCCUCCGACUCGCGAGAUCGACGAGUAUUGAACUAUCGUUAAAGUAUCAGGGGGGGAUCGCACCGAUGAUGAGUCGCGCGCGUCGUCACGAGUCUCCUUCCUCGUCGGCGUAGCCCCCUACUUUGGAAAGCGCAUUCGGGUGCUCGAUUGGAAUCGAGGUCGUCCUAAGAAAGCGGGAGGAAAUUAAUUCGAUCCGGUUCCACCUUGAAAUUCCACGGAUCGCGCAAGGGUUGAAAUGAAGCGACUAAAAUGCAUGCUCGUAGCCGCGCUGCUCCGCAGUCACUUCCGGUUCCCGUGUAGCUCUCCACUUCUUUAUCGAUCCGAAACGGAGCACGUCUACUCCCGCGUCUUCCCGUCGGCGUUAAGUUCCAUCAGUUUUAUCGCUCGAUCGAUGCCCCCUUCGAGUCGGAGAAACAAAACACGUAGCGAAUUUACGGAUCAAUUUCGUUUUUAACUGGUCGCGCGAUAAACCCCGUCUCUUCUCCGCGACAGAGCGCGAUCCUUUCGGCUCCACCGAUCUGAAUUUUUGCUCCGUCUCGACGUUAACAAAAAAGCAACGUUGCGCCUGAAGCUAACGCCACACCAUGCGCGAUUCGUGAUUCGUAGUUUAUCAUUCGUAAUUUGUUACUUGUCGUUUCGUUCGUGUUAGCUUGGACAAGUUUUAACUUUUACUUGUCAUCACAGGACUCGUAUUACAAGUCUACAAUUAGUCGAGUUUCAAUAUUAGUAAAAAAAAACCGCUGUUUUCGUCAAGAAACCGCUCGGCUAGCGAAUCAUUUCGAAUCGACGAAUUUUCCCUCCACACUAUUCACGAAUCGCGCGCAGCGUGACGCUAGCUUUACGGUUCCUCCUCGUGACGUUUAGGGGGAAUUGCCACGCGCCGAAGCAUCAUCCUUCGGUUUGCUCUCUCAAAGUCAAUCAGGAUUUUCACUGAAAACAGUGAACAAUCACUGAUUUACAGUUAUAAGUAUACCACUGAUUUUCAACAGUCUACUCAUAGCUGGAAAUUAGUAACUAUUCACUGUUUUCAGUGAUAAUCCACUUGACUUUUAGAGAGUAAAUUUAUAAUUUUAGCCGCGGCGAGUCCACGUGUAAACUUUGCUCCCAACGUCAGUGUAUUCCGAUCCGUUCCGAUGCUCCUACUCUCCAAAAAUCAAUCAGUGGAUUAUCACUGUUAUCAAUGGAACUCCACUGAUCGACUUUUCGAGAGUAACGAGCUCGAAUUUCUGGUGCCCGACAGCGAGGACACGAUCGGCCCGAGCCGCGAAGCCUGCGACGCUCGCCCUCCCUUUGACGCUGCAGCUGGCACUAACUACAUACUUUUCCCCGUAAUCGCAUACGUAACAAAUGAGCAUUUGCUUUGUACACACUCUCACACGAGCACAAAGAGCCUCUCUCACACGCCGGCCGACUGACUCUAACAUUCUGCACCGGUCAAGUAAUGUACGAUGUAAUCCACUUGUAUAAUCCGUCCAUAACCACCGCCUCGUGUUUUUUUUAUCUGUUGUUCUUUGCCGUCCCUCCCCGCCCCUUCACUCUUCUCUUAAUCUCGUUCUUCUAAUCGGCUGUUGGUUGGUACUUCGAAUUCUAACAAGUAACAGUAGCCACGUAAGGAGCGCGGAACUGUGUUUGUCGCAACGGAGAGCGCGGAGGCGCGGAUGGAGGUCAGACGAGGAAAGGGAAGGCACUUGGCAGCUUUUCCUUCCCAAUCCAGCCGUUUUCGGAUUGCCGGUUCUCCCGCGCCGCGUAUAUACCGCUCGCCGUAACGCGCGCCACUAAAAUAUCGAGAAUGACACGUUGAGAGGAAAGACGGCGCAUUGUCGCAAGCACAGUUCUGGUACGGUCUCUGCUACCCGCCUACGUUACUGUCACGAUCCAUUCGCGGUCGUCUGCUGCGCCGUCUCUUCUACUCUCCAUCACCUUGACGAUACUCGUCGCGGAGGCUGCGAAAUCGGGCGCGCGAACGGUCUCCGCGGAGGAGACACGAUCCCGGAUACGGCGCGCAUUCUCCUCUUAUCGCUCGCGGAGAGAUUACGUUAUGCAAAUCUAAACGAGGAAUUUUCAACUAGCCGCACAAAUCGGAUUUAACUUUGGAAGUAGGGGGAUCGCAAUCGGACAAAUUCUCGUCAGGAUCUUAAAUUACGACUCGACGCGAGUUGCUAAAAAAAAAAAUAAUAAUAAAGAGAGAAAGACCGAAAGCUCCAAUCCGACUCAAUGACGUUUUUUUCUUGAUGCAGAUGAAACGAAAUUCUUAGAAGGCGACAGAGAGUGAGAGAGAGACCCCGGAUCAGACAGCCACGCAAAAGAGACACGCAGUCGAAGCUAAAAUAGAGAGCGAAAGAGAGGGAGAGAAAGGAUGGGAAAGUGUGAGUCGUGCGAGAGACAGAAAGAUGGAGGGAUGAACGCGAAUGGGGGAGAGAAAGUGGGAGAGAAUGAGAUCACACGGCGGGGGAAAAAAUUAUGAGACGUGAAAAUCGAGACUGGUGCGUGUACACUGAUCUCGGCCUCUCGUGCUUUUUUUUUUUUUUAUUGUGUUUCCAGUGAUGCGUCAGGCUCUAGAAACGCUCACAAUCGUGUAGGAAACACCUCGUCGCAAGCUCUCGACACGAGAUGAGAGAGGGAGAGAGAGAGAGAGAGAGAGAGAGAAUGAAAGAGACAUUUAAAAAGUUAGAGAUGGCGAGAGAGAGAGAGAGAGUGCGAGCGCGAGAGAAAGAGAGAUAGAGAGAGAUGACCCGGGAUUCAUAGCUGACGAGAGCCGGUCGGGACAUCGUUCUCCAUUGCAACGAGCGUAUGGUCUCUUUCCCUAGAAGUCAGUUUUCAAAGAGAAAAAGAGAGAGGGGCUUUUUCGAGGAAAGGUCGUGGAUCUUUUGAGAAGCUACGAACGAGAAUCCUCUCGGGGGAGACGUUGUUAGGAUCGUCCGGCUCGCGAGGUGCCAGUUCCGGUUCCCACCUAACUCACCGAUCAGUGCAAUAUGUAACGCAGGCGGAUCCGCGUGUCCACGUGUUCCGGGGACGAGUUUUGAAAUUUCCACUCCAAGCCUGCGCUUCGCGGAGGCGCGCACGGCGGGACAACGGGAUUAUCGCGCGUUCACUCCAGAGGAAGAUCUCCACGCUCCGUAAACUCCGAAAAAUAGAAUUUAUUUUCGAACUAAGCUGCGCACGGGAGGAAGGGGAGGGGGAGGAAGAGCCACGUGCGUCGCGACAUACGCGUUUAAAGAUGCGAACGCGAUAGAGUCAAGACUCGCGCGGGUCCAAGCAGGUCGGCCUAUCUUCGGAUAAUUCGGAGAAAUUCGACGUUGCGAAGACGAGUGUAGCAUCGUGGGGGGUAAAGAGCGACGCUCUCUUCUCUCGGCGAUCCCGAUCCCAGGGACCUAUCGUGAAAGGUUCGACGAGCUCUCUCGUUGACUUCUCCCGUGUCGGUCUGUCAUCCUGAAGAGUACGUCGACAUUGGAAGAAUUGGAGAACGCCACGGCGUCCCGAGCUUUCGGGUUCGGAUCUUUCCGGGUGUCCCGUGGCGACGCGCCCUCCGGAAAGACGUUCUCGCCCUCGAGCUCUUCCCUUAGGAUUAGGUCUCGCCAAGUGUGCAAUAAGAUUUGGAGAUGCCGGGACUCUUCUUUUCUUUUUAGGUUUUAGAGAUACGUUAGUUAGGCCGUUUGUUAUGUAGAUAGUGAAAGUUGCGGUGGCAGCGCGCGACAAGUGUUCGGUCUCGAUUGUCAAACCGAUCGCGGCGAGUGUCUUGGUACGCAGACGCUGAGAAGCGGCGAACCGUCCGCUCUCAGUACCGAUUCUUCCAGUCGCGGAAUUUGUAAAACGGAGUCUUGAAAUUGCGUGCUCGCGCGAGGGGCCUCUCCGUUGCUUCCUCUCCUCUCGCGGUUUUCGCGUCCGAGAGAUCAACGUCGGAGGAUUGAUGAUAUCAUUACUUUUGUAGAGGCGAUAAAAAUGUAUUUUUUCCUAACAAAAU